AGUUCGUAUUGAGUUCGCAUAAAUAUUUUGAUCGGCAAGUACGCUCGUAUCUUCAUUGAAACCGUGUUUUUUUACAUCUACUGAUUAUUUUUAAUAACGACGUUCUUUGUGUUUGACGACUUAUGAUGUAAAUAUAAUUAAAGCAAUGUUACGAUUUAAAUUAUGGAUUAAUGAAAAUAUAUUUUAAAGCGUGAGUAAAUUUAUCGCUUCAUCAAUUUAUUUUUGACGAUAAAAAAAAUAUAAAAUGCCGUCAACCGAGAGGAAGAGCGCGAUCUUGAUGACUUGCGGGUCAUUUUUGGUUGUUGGUGGAGCUGUCAUGGUUGUCUUCUGGCCGACUAUAUUCUUUGCACAGUUGAAGAGUAUGAUGACGUUGUCACCGACCUCGACUUCGUUCGAGAUAUGGCGGGAUGUGCCAAUACCCAUGUACCUGGAGUGUUUUAUGUUCAACGUCACGAAUGUGCAUGAUAUAUUGGCGGGAAAAAACGUUUCACUGGAAGUUGAAGAGUUAGGACCGUACGUGUAUCGAGAGUCUCAUACAAAGAAAAACUUAACCUGGAACGACAAUGGAACGGUUACGUUCUACAACGAGCGCUUCUGGCACUACGUGCCGGAAAUGUCGAACGGGAGCCUCUCGGAUAUCAUCGUCAACAUAAAUCCUAUCGUUGCGACGGUAGCUUACGUGAUGCGCCGCCAGCCAGCUAUCAUCAAAGUGCCGGUGGACGUGUUCAUGAGGAUGUACCACGACGAUAUGUUCGUGAGUGCGAAGGUAUCCGAUUGGCUGUUCGAUGGUAUCGACGACCCCAUAUUGGACAUCGCGCAGCGCUUCCCGGAUCUGCCAAUCAAUAUCCCGUACGACAAGUUCGGAUGGUUUUAUACGCGUAACGGUUCCUUAGAGUACGAUGGUAUAUUCUUGAUGAAUACUGGUGAGAAUGACUUCUCGCAGCUCGGCAAUAUCGAGAAGUGGAAGUACUCGAACAGAACCUAUUACCGUGACGAGUGCGGGGAGGUGAGAGGCUCGACCGGGGAGCUGUGGGCGCCCGAACUCGGACAGCCCGAGAUCACCAUCUUCGCUCCGGAUAUUUGCACCUACAUGAAUCUCGCUAAAGUCGGCCCGACCAGAAUACAAGGCAUCGACGGAGUACUGUACGCCGCCAAUGAAUCUCUCUUUGAUAAUGGAUACAGGUAUUCCAGUAAGGCGUGCUACUGCGACGAGGUGCGGGACGACAACUGCAUCCCGGCCGGGGCGCUCAACGUGUCGUCGUGCCGGUACGGGGCGCCGGCCUUCGUGUCGCAGCCGCACUUCCUGAACUCCGACCCUUACUACCCCAGCAAGAUAAAGGGUCUCAAUCCUAAGGAGGAUAUGAACUUUGAGCUGGCGCUGGAGAUGUACACCGGCAUGCCUCUGCGGGUCGCGGCGCAGCUUCAGAUCAAUCUCUUGGUCAGACACAUCCGAGGUUUCAGCCUGAACAACCAGCUGCCGGACGCCGACACGCUGGUGCCGAUGUUCUGGUUCCGCCAGGAGGUGCUGGUGACGGACGACUACGCGCGCCUGGCGCGGUUCGCGCUCAACCUGCGCAGCGGCCUGCCCUACGGGUUCUACGCCUUAACUGUAAUCGGAGUAUUGCUGCUCGUAGGUGGUAUAUAUAUAUUAAUGAGGAAAUUAUUAAAGACCACUGAUACCACGCCGAUACUUGAGUCACCCCAUGAAGAAAUACAGUAAUGGAAGAUAGGAUAGAUUUACAUAAAUUUAUGUCAAUUGUUACCAUAAAUAGUUAUAAGUAUUAAAUACCGACCAUUUACCAAGAAGUUUUGUAACUUUGAGGUUUAAUCUGAUUGACAUAUAUGAUAUUAUUAUUUUUUUAAAUAUCAAUCAAAACUUUUUUUUGUUACUUAAUUUUAAAAUUUACUGUUAAUAUUUUUAUAAGCAAAAAAAGUAAUAUUAUAUAAAAAUGUUGAUACUAUAAUGGUGCUAUAUAUUUUUUAUUAGGAUAAUAAUAAUCAAAAACUUUAUUAAAUGAUUGACGUAAUUAAUUGCUAAAUAAAAUUAACAUUUUAUUAACUAUGACUGUUAAAAACAUUUUCAGUUUUACUAAAAUCAUAAAAAAAUAUAAUAAUAAUAAUUGAUAGUGCCUUACAAAUAACAACACUUGUAUAUAAAAUGUUUUUCUCUUGUUGAAAUUUAUCUUAAUUAAUUUGAUUUUGUUUUUCUUUAUUAUUACGGAUAUAGCCCACAAUCAUACCGCCAAAUUCUGUUUAAAAAAACGCAUCAAAUUUGACAGCUGCUGGCAACGUUUGAUGUUUUCCGCUCCUGUGGUGUGUUUCUACAAUCAUGACUGUAAUAAAAAUACUCUAGUCCUAUUAAAUCAUUGUCCUAGACAAUAAAAACAUUUUGUAGAAAUCUUAUAUAAAUAUUUGUUUUUUUUUUGUAUUAGUAUAAAGUAAAUAUUUACAAAAAAUACAUAUGAUUAUCUUUAAUUGCAUUAUUAGUCCAGUAGUAAAUUUGGGAAACCAAAAAUUUACAAGAAGAAAGAGGUUACAAUAGAUAACAGCUGUCAUACAUUUUCAUGUAAUUUAAUUCGAUAAAAUGUUAAUGAAUUACCUAUUAUAUAAUAAUAAUUAAUAAAGACUGUGACUAUGAUGCAAUAUUGUUAAAGAAAAUUCAAUGUUUUUAAGAAAUUAAGCUAAUAAUAUACUUUACAUAAGGUCCAUUAGGAAAAAAAUAUGUACUAGGAGGGCCUUUUUAGUCAUGAAUCCAUCAAUGAUAAACGAUUAAUUUUGUAUUGCAACUUGCACUUUUCUAAUAAUCUGUUUUUUUUUUUUAAAUAACAACAUUUAUUUUAGUAUAAUAAGGCGGGGCACACAAAGUUUGAGUAAAGUUUGCAUAUAUUUUUCCUGGCAACACUGGUUAUGUUUACUUGUAUGUGUUUCUUUCUAACAGACAAUGUGAAUGAAUUAAUUGACAUUACGUUCCAUGUAUACACAUUUACAAUUGCAUUUCAUACCCUUAAAUACUUCUACAAUCUAAUUUAUAAUUGCUUAUGUCUAAUAAGGUUUCAUAUAGAUGUAAGGCAUGUACAUAAUAUUUUUUUUUUAUAAAACGUCACCUUUAUCUCUGCCAUUCCUAUAUUAAGACGUUUUUUAAAUAAAUGAAUUAAUGUAUUUUAUAUCGUUGUGUAAAUAAAUUUAUUUUAUAUUAGAAACUUAAAAUGUUAUGUAUGGACGUGAAAUGGUAUCGAUAUUUGGUGUGAUUGGUUUCAUUUGUCGACAAAUCAAUGUAAAAGUUAUAACAAGAAAGUACCAUCACUCCCAAGAAAGUGGGGGUAAUUUAUCUAAAAUUUGCUAGAGGAAUUUACAUGGAGUUGUUCAACAAAUUCAUAUGACAUUGCUAAAUAAAUGAAAAAGUUGUUUUAUUCUAUAAUUAUACUGUUUCAGUUGCCAAAAAUCCAAUUAUUAAUUAUUUCAGGCACCAACUAAACUACCUUAAACCAUUAAUAGUUUGGCGAGUAAAUUAAAUUAAAUAAUUUAAAUUAAAAAAAAAAACAAACUAUUCUACUAACUGUACUAUAAUAUUCUACAUCGAUAUUUGUUUUUUUUUUAUCCCGGUGUAUAUUAAAAAUUAAUUAUAUAAUAUUAUUUGGUGGUUAUAGCAACUCUACGUGAUAUCUUCUCACAAACUUUAGGUAAAUGAUCUGUGUGCCUAGUGCGUUUUUUUUUUAAUUCGGUUGCGUUGACGUCAACUGCGAUUUGUAUUCUGAUUAGUGUCACUAGAUGUCGCUGUUUUCUUUAAUACAAAUCAUUUUGAUUUUUAAAUCGCACUAGGCAUCUACCACAGAUAAUUACUAUGUUUUAGAUGAUGUAGCUAACUAUUGUUAAGUUAAAUGAAUUUAUAUUAUUUAAUAAUAUAUUUGUCAAUGUAAUACUUCAUUCCUCAUAUUGUUAUCAUGCGUGGACAGUUUUUACAGAUGUUUCGUAUGUUUGUAUGAUUUUAAUAAAAUUUUACAU